GAGUUCCAUGUAAUUUCUUCAAACUAAAGGAGUCAAUUAAACUUAGACAAGAAAAACCCAGAAUUUCACCGGCCACUUGCCUCUCUCCCUUCAUGGAGCACUCACUCUCACGCUUGCCAUCUCUCUCAAUUUCAGCCAUAACUCCACCCUGCAAAGCUUAUUCAAUCCAAACAAAGAUAUCCUUUAAGCCCAAGGGCAAAUCCUCAGAGUGGCUGCUGAAAUGGUCCAACAAAUGGCCUUCAUUUGGACUGUACAGUUGCAGAAUUGGCUUCAAGCAUGCACCGAAACGAUCUCAGAGGCAUAACUCCAUCUGGGCCUCCUCCAAUAUUGGAGCAGCUGGAUCUGAUCCAAUACUCAACAAAGUGUCAGCUUUCAAAGAUGCAUGUUGGAGAUUUCUGAGGCCCCAUACCAUACGUGGAACUGUGCUAGGAUCUAUUGCUUUGGUGGGGAGAGCCUUGAUUGAGAACUCAAAUCUAAUUAAAUGGUCGCUGCUGUUGAAGGCAUUCUCCGGUGUUUUGGCUUUAAUUUGUGGGAAUGGUUAUAUAGUUGGCAUCAAUCAAAUCUACGAUGUUGGAAUUGACAAAGUAAACAAACCUUACUUACCAAUAGCUGCUGGGGAUCUUUCAGAGCAAUCUGCAUGGUCGUUGGUGAUAUUUUUUGCUGUGACUGGUCUCUUGAUUGUUGCAUUGAACUUUGGCCCAUUCAUCACUUCCUUAUAUUCUCUUGGCCUUUUUCUGGGAACCAUCUAUUCUGUUCCUCCCCUUAGAAUGAAGAGAUUUCCUGUGGCUGCAUUUCUUAUUAUUGCUACGGUACGAGGAUUUCUUCUUAAUUUUGGUGUAUAUUAUGCCACAAGAGCUGCCCUUGGACUUUCAUUUGAAUGGAAUGCACCUGUGGCUUUCAUUACAACAUUUGUGACAUUGUUCGCAUUGGUCAUUGCCGUUACAAAAGAUCUUCCUGAUGUAGAAGGAGAUCGAAAAUUUCAAAUAUCAACUUUAGCAACCAAGCUUGGAGUUAGAAACAUUGCAUUCUUGGGUUCUGGGCUUUUGCUGGUAAAUUAUGUUGCUGCUAUAUUGGCAGCAAUCUACAUGCCCCAGGCUUUCAGGCGUAACUUCAUGAUACCUGCACAUGUAAUCUUGGCAACAUGCUUGAUUUUCCAGGCAUGGGUGUUAGAACGAGCAAAUUAUACCAAGGAAGCAAUAUCAGCAUUUUACCGGUUUAUAUGGAAUCUCUUCUAUGCUGAGUAUGCUAUAUUCCCUUUCAUCUAGAAUUCUAGUCAAACACCUUUUUGGGUGUGCCCUUUUUCAUGGCUAGAGCAAUUGUAGUUUGUUAAGUAAAAUGCUGCAUAAUUUUGCCACGUAGCUGACUUCGCUAAUUGUACAAUAUUGUAUAUCUUGCUUGGCAAAGAAACGAGAACUGUAUUUUCAUUCAUGGAAGUAAUGGAGUCAUAUGAAUUUUUUCCA